CGCGGCCCCGCUGCCUCCCCCACUUCCCGGUCGGUCGGGGCGGCCGGGCGGCGGCUCCCGCCCGCUCCCCUCCGCUGCAGGCCUCGCCCGGUCCUCCGCGCCCGGCCCGCGCGCCCCGCUCUGCAAACCUGGCGGCCACGGGCCGCACGGAGAGGCAGGGGCCCUGGGUCCCGAUGGUCCUCCGCCGGGAAGACACGGGCAGCCAGGAUGGACCUGGGACCCGGAGCCCCUUGCUGCUUUAGCCAUGGAGAAGCGGGGCCGCGGGGAGAUGGACGCCGCCCCGCCGCAGCCUCUUCACUCCCACAUUCAGCUGUUGAAAACCAACCGUGAGCUGCUGGUCACGCACAUCCGCAACACGCAGUGUCUGGUGGACAACCUGCUGGAGAGUGACUACUUCUCGGCCGAAGACGCGGAGAUCGUGGGCGCCUGCCCCACGCAGCCCGACAAGGUCCGCAAAAUUCUGGACCUGGUGCAGAGCAAGGGCGAGGAGGUGUCCGAGUUCCUCCUCUACGUGCUCCAGCAGCUCGCAGAUGCCUACGUGGACCUCAGGCCCUGGCUGUUGGAGAUCGGCUUCUCCCCUUCCCAGCGCAUCCAGAGCAAAACUGUUGUCAACACUGAUCCAGUGAGCAGGUACAUCCAGAAGCUGCGACACCAGCUGGGCCGCGACUCCAAGUUCAUCCUGUGCUACUCGCAGAAGGAGGAGGUGAUGCUGGAGGAGAUGUACACGGACACCCUCAUGGAACUGGUCAGCUUCAGCAAUGAGAGCCUGGGCAGCCUGGGCAGCCUGGCCCGCCUCCUGGACCCGUCCACGGGCGUCCUCAACGAGCAGGGCGAGACCAUCUUCGUCUCGGGCGACGCGGGCGUGGGCAAGUCCGUGCUGCUGCAGCGGCUGCAGAGCCUCUGGGCCGCCGGCCAGCUGGACGCGCGGCUCAAGUUCUCCUUCCACUUCCGCUGCCGCAUGUUCAGCUGCUUCAGCGAGGGCGCCGCGCUGAGCCUGCAGGACCUGCUCUUCAAGCACUGCUGCUACCCCGAGCAGGACCCCGAGGAGGUGUUCGCCUUCCUGCUGCGCUUCCCCCACGCCGCCCUCUUCACCUUCGACGGCCUGGACGAGCUCCACUCGGACUUCGACCUGAGCCGCGUGCCCGACACCUCGUCGCCCUGGGAGCCGGCCCACCCCCUGGUCCUGCUGGCCAACCUGCUCAGCGGGGUGCUGCUCAAGGGGGCCACCAAGCUGCUCACGGCCCGCACGGGCGUCGAGAUCCCGCGCCAGCUCCUCCGGAAGAAGGUGCUGCUGCGGGGCUUCUCCCGCGGCCACCUGCGGGCCUACGCCGGGAGGAUGUUCCCCGACCGGGCCACGCAGGACCGCCUGCUGGACCAGCUGGAGGCCAACCCCAACCUCUGCAGCCUGUGCGCCGUGCCCCUCUUCUGCUGGAUCAUCUUCCGCUGCUUCCAGCACUUCCACGGCGCCUGCGACGGCGCCCCCGAGCUGCCCGACUGCGCGGUGACCCUGACCGAUGUCUUCCUGCUGGCCACCGAGGUCCACCUGAACAGGACGCGGCCCACCAGCCUGGUGCGGAGGAACACGCAGAGCCAGGCGGAGGCCCUGCGCGCCGGCCGGGCCACCCUGUGCGCGCUGGGGCGGCUGGCCCGCGGGGGCAUGGAGCGGGACCUGUUUGCCUUCAGCCAGGAGGAGGUGCGGGCCUGCGCCCUGCGGGAGGCUGACCUGCAGCUGGGCUUCCUGCGGGCCGUGCCCGAGCCGGGCCUCGGCGAGGACCAGCAGUCCUAUGAGUUCUUCCACACCACCCUCCAGGCCUUCUUCACCGCCUUCUCCCUCGUGGUGGACGCCACGGUGGGCACGCGGGCGCUGCUCAGGUUCUUCCAGGAGUGGGUGCCCCCUGAGGAGGCGGCGGCGGCCUGCUCGCCCCGCUUCCUCCCCUUCCAGUGCCUGGGGGCCCGCGGCCCGGCGGGGGACGACCCCUUCAGGAACAAGGACCACUUCCAGUUCACCAACCUCUUCCUGUGCGGGCUGUUGUCCAAGGCCAAGCACAAACUCCUGCGCCACCUGGUGCCGGCCGCGGCCCUGAGGAGGAAGCGCCGGGCCCUGUGGGCGCACCUGUUCGCCAGCCUGCGGACCCACCUGAAGAACCUGCCCCGCACGCGGUCUGGGGGCUUCAACCAGGUGCAGGCCAUGCCCACCUUCAUCUGGAUGCUGCGCUGCAUCUACGAGACGCAGAGCGAGAAGGUGGGGCAGCUGGCGGCCAAGGGCAUCUGCGCCAACUACCUCAAGCUGACCUACUGCAACGCCUGCUCGGCCGACUGCAGCGCCCUCGCCUUCGUCCUGCACCACUUCCGCAAGCGGCUGGCCCUCGAUCUGGACAACAACAACCUCAACGACUACGGCGUGCGGGAACUGCAGCCCUGCUUCAGCUGCCUCACGGUCAUCAGACUCAGCGUGAACCAGGUCACUGACAGUGGGGUCAAGGUGCUCUAUGAAGAGCUGACCAAGUACAAAAUUCUGACGUUUUUAGGCUUGUACAACAACCAGAUCACUGAUGUCGGAGCCGGGUACGUCGCCAGGAUCCUGGAUGAGUGCACAGGCCUCACACACCUUAAACUGGGGAAAAACCAGAUAACCAGCGAGGGAGGAAAGUGUCUCGCCCUGGCUGUGAAGAACAGCAAAUCCAUCUUGGAAAUUGGGAUGUGGGGCAAUCAGAUCGGCGAUGAAGGAGCAAAGGCCUUCGCAGAGGCUCUGAGGAACCACCCCAGCUUGACCAACCUCAGUCUGGCUUCCAACGGCAUUUCGACAGGAGGAGGAAAGAGCCUCGCGCAGGCCUUGCACUGGAACACGUCGCUGAGAAUAUUCUGGCUCACCCAGAAUGAACUCGACGACGAAGUGGCAGAGAGCAUGGCAGAGAUGUUGAAAGUCAACCAGACGCUGAAACAUUUAUGGCUUAUCCAGAACCAGAUCACAGCCAAGGGGGUCGCCCGGCUGGCGGACGCCUUACAGAAGAACACCGGCAUCGUGGAGAUUUGCCUGAAUGGGAACGUGAUGCAGCCCGAGGAGGCCAGCGGCUUUGAGGGUGAGAAGCGGCUGGUCCUUGCCUGAGAGGACGCCUUCCUGUCCGAGGCUCUGGCCUGGGAGGGCGCUGGCAGCGGCGUCCACUCUGCGGUCACCUGUCUUGGGUGUCGUCCUGCUUGGGGCCGGCCGGGGGCCCAGGGCCUUCACAGAUGCUCCGAUGGGCCAGCUCCCUGCACGGCUGGUGCAGUCUCACGGGGAAGCGUGGGCUUUGUGAGCCAUGUUGUUCCUGGAAACAUACGUGCAGAGACGGUCCUGAGUGCCCACGAUCGUGGUAACCUGCGUCCAGAGGAAUGACGGAGCUCAUACAACGCCGGCCCUGACGGCUGGGGGAGUGAGCUGUCGCUGCUGUCCUCACCGAGCCGUCGAGGACGUGGUGCAGAGAAGAUGCUCCAUGAACAAGUGCUUUGCCUGCAGCCUUCCUCCUCGGUACCUCCCCAGGUGCUGCGGUCCCUCCCACUUCACAGCUGUAGGUACUGAGCGGUGCCCCGUGUGGGGUGGCAGUGGGUGCCAAGGAGAAGACUCAGCACAGGCUUUUUUCUCCUGGGCCUCCCUGCCAACCAAGACCAUGGCUGCGCUCUAGCUGAGAGGGAGGGCGAUGCCUUCGUGACGCUGCGUUCCCACUCAGGGCUUUCCCACGGCGAGGCUGACCUCCUCCAGAGACUAACGCCGUGGGCAGAGCUGCUUUG